GGGGGCUGCGGCUGCGGCAGAGCGGGAAGGCUGAGCUGGGGGGGGUCCUGUCGCGGGCGGCCAGGCGAGGCCUUAGUGGCGAACUGGGGCCAGAGGCGGAGGAAACGGGCGGUGGGAUCCUGGGGCCUUUCCCACACGCGGGCCACGUCGCGUCCAUUGUGCAGCGGCCCGCGCUAGGCCGGUUGUUCGAUGGCGGCGGCCCUACCCAGCUCUCUGGAGGAGAAAAUACUGACCUUGCUAAGUCUAGGAAAUGAGACUUUAGUUUAGAAAACAGUAGACUGUCUGACGAAUACAUUCGGCUUUUCAUCAUGAGGCUAACAAAACGUAAAGGGAGAAUUUCUCGGGGCUCAAGCCAAGGAAAAGCCUAUGAGAACAAGAGCAAGCGUAAAACAGUCCGACAGCGACAGAAAUGGGGAGUGACCAUUCGCUUCGACUCCGGUUUGAGCAGGCUGAGAAGAAGCUUGGAUGAGAAACCCUACAAAUGUGUUGAAUGUGAAAAGAGUUUCAGUCAGAAUUCCACUCUUUUUCAACACCAGAAGAUCCAUACUGGAAAGAAAUCCCAUAAAUGUGCUGAUUGUGGAAAAAGUUUCUUCCAGAGCUCUAAUCUCAUUCAGCAUCGUCGCAUUCAUACUGGGGAAAAGCCCUAUAAAUGUGAUGAGUGUGGAGAGAGAUUUAAACAGAGUUCAAAUCUCAUUCAGCACCAGAGAAUCCAUACUGGAGAAAAGCCCUACCAGUGUGAUGAGUGUGGUCGAUGUUUCAGCCAGAGCUCCCACCUUAUUCAGCAUCAGAGAACCCACACUGGGGAGAAGCCCUACGAGUGCAGUGAGUGUGGCAAGUGCUUCAGCCAGAGCUCUCAUCUGAGGCAGCAUGUGAAGGUGCACAAGGAAGAGAAGCCCCAGAAACGCCGGGGCAAAACCAUCAGGGCAAAACCUCGCCUAGUGACCUCCUGGAAAGCUGGGGCAGGAAGGAAGUCAUCAGCUGGUCUCCGCCAAGGAAAGGGCACAGCUUCGGGCAUUUUUAAAAAAAAUAAAAAGUAAAGCUAAAAUUUUUGUCUUACAACUGAGAAUGCUUACUAGUAAAGGAUUUAGAUACUGAAUCCUUCCCUAGCAUAGAGACCUUGGGGAUUUAAUGACAUUGGGUUGAUGCUGUUUGGGUCCACCUGCUCUCAUUUCUUUUUUAUGUGACACGGAGCAGAAAGAACUGAGAGUAUGCUUUUAGAACUGUGGACCCUUAUUAAUAGAGCACUUAGAUAUUGGAUCCUCCCCUAGCAUGGAGUUAUUGAAAGUUUAAUGUCAUUGGGCUGAUGCUACAUGGGUCCAAUCACAUAUUAUUUUAUGUGAUAUGGAGCACAAAGAACUGAGAAUAUGUUUUUAGAAGUAGGGCCAGUUAAUAGUAGAAUACUUAGAUACCGUAUCCCUCCCUACUGUGAAGACAUUGAGGAUUUAAUGAGGGCUCACACUGUGGGAAUCCAGCUGCCCCCUUUUGUUAAGUAUGACCUGGAUCACAAAGAAUUGAGAACAUGUUUUGAGAAUAGAAGAUCCUUGACCUCAUUUGAAAUUUCUGUAUUAUUUUGACAAAAAGCAUCAUGUUUCACAAUAAACUGGUGAAAAUGCAGGCAUACCCAUGAUUACUCAGUUUUAGGACUUAAGUGCAAAGAACCAUUCAUUAAAGGGAAAAGGAAAUAAUUUCAUUAGUUUUGAAGUUCUGCAACACAUUUGAAUCACUUAUUGAUGUGACUCAAGAUCAAAUGUAAUAAAAUGUAUUCAAGUUCACAGAUUAUUAAUCCCCAUAACCUGUUUUAGUUUUCUUCUGUUCCCUCCCUUUUUGUUUUUGUCAGUUACUGAAGAAGAAUGUCCCAGCUUUUCACCAUGUUCUUCAUCAGAGUUCCUGAAGAAUCCAAAGUGAGGAUUGAAUUAGAACACAAGUGUAGUCAUACAAUGCUGUCAGUUGUCAUGGUGUUAUUACUGUAUCACUUAUUCAUCAUUCCCAUGGCCUCUAGGUGUUUUCUUGUGCUCUAAAAAACUGAGCCAGCCUUUUGGAUCUACAUGAAUAAAUAAACCAUGUCUUACCAACAAAAUAUUCUACAAUUCAGACAAUGUCUUCAAGACUGAGCUUAAGAUCUAUCUUAGACAAAUGUUUGUCAGCAGCAGAAGUAGCUCCUUUAAAACCUUUUCUGUUUUACAAGAAAUGGUUAAGGCUAGCAAACAUGUUUCUUAAUAUUCAUCAAGAUGGUGCCAAGUGUCACAUUUCUAAUGAACUUUCAGCCCAGGUUUUCAUUUCUAUUGAAUGUUAACAUUCUGAUUUUUUGGUAUAUUUUGUAAUUAUUUCCUGCUGUAUUAGUUACAGUUAUUCAUAAAAAUAAAGUAUUUUGCAUAGUA